GAUAGGAUUUUCGUUGACCCCAAAAAAGCGUGAUUUGAUAUUUUCACUUAGCUCCUGGUUUGCAAUAGGUAUAGGUAUAGGUAAUUCGUUUCAUGAAGCGGCUGAUUAUCUGAGGGUGUGAAUGUUGCGAAGUGCCCCACCAAUCCCCAUGAAAAUAAUUAGCCGAGCUCGCCUCCACGACUUGACGUUUUGCUCAUCAGUAACACCAGUUCUGUGAUUUUGCUGAAAGCAUAGAACUAGAACCUCCUGAGUAACAAUCUGGUAUUCUUCACAGAUAUAGCAAACAUAGGUCGCAAACAGAGAGACUUCCGCCCGUCAGCAGGCUACAACUCCCCUCCGUCGAAGGGGAGCAAACGAGGCAAAAGAUCACAAAGAGACAGCCCCAAGCCUCUAACGCGGCGACAGCGCAACCGGCUACUCAACGGCAAAAUGGGUCAAGAGGAGUCCACAUUAGUUGAUGACUCCAUCGAGCCUAUCACGCUCAAAGCUCGCGAUCUCUCCUCGGUGGCAUCCUACAUUUUGUCUCCAAGAUGCAAAAAUAUAGUCGUCCUGACAGGAGCUGGCAUAUCAACAUCUGCAGGAAUACCAGACUUUCGGUCUCCAGAGACCGGACUUUAUGCGAACUUGGCCCGGUUGAACCUCCCUUACGCGGAGGCUGUCUUCUCCAUUGAUUAUUUCAGGGAGAAACCAGAGCCGUUCUAUAUGCUCGCACACGAACUGUAUCCGGGAAAGUACAGACCUACUAUUACCCAUUCAUUCAUCUAUUUGCUACACAAGAAGGGGCUACUGCUCAAGCAUUUCACACAAAACAUCGACUGCCUUGACCGCGAGGCUGGACUACCUGGAGACAUGGUCGUUGAGGCGCACGGCUCAUUUGCGACGCAGAGAUGCAUAGACUGCAAGACAAAAUAUCCAGACAAAGAGAUGAGAGAGCAUGUUGCGAAAAAGGAGAUUCCACGUUGUGUGAGAAAGGAGUGCAACGGCCUGGUAAAGCCGGAUAUUGUUUUCUUUGGCGAAGCUCUGCCCACAGAGUUCUUCAUGAAUCGAGGGCUAGUCACGCAGGCGGAUUUGGUCAUCGUUUUAGGCACCAGCUUGACUGUGCAGCCUUUUGCAAGCUUACCGACUUUGGCCGACGAAGGCAAGCCACGACUCUUGAUCAACCUUGAACAAGUUGGCGGGCUAGGAAGUAGGCCAGACGACGUUCUACUUUUAGGGGACUGCGACGAGGGAGUAAGGAAACUUGCAGACGCACUUGGUUGGCUGGGUGAGCUUGAAGAGCUGUGGGCGGAGACGGGUAAGAGAUUUGGUAUAGAAGCUGCUCCAGCGCAAAGUAUACAGACCGCCUCCGAGCGCACACAGGAUGAGAGGCUUAAAGACGAAGUCGAUCGACUUACCCGAGAGGUUGACGAGGUGUUGAAGCUGAAUAGAGCUCACGAAGAAAAAGUGCGGGACGAAACCGAGUCCAAAGUGGAAAAAGAAGACACUGGUAGCUCUGAAGCUGCUAUACCAGCAACUUCGAGUGCUUCGUCUUCAGACACUAAAGACUUGUCCGAGGAGACAAAUGUGGAAAACGCUGAGGCCGUGGCCGACGUCUCUCCACGUGUGGAGAAGAAAUCUUCGCUGUGACUGCUUUUAGAUGCCACAUAAAAGGUAACUGCGUUGUCCUUGCCACUUUAUAUAUACCAGUAGAUUUGGAUUGUCACGCUAGGUUUCCAUUGCAGGGAAGUAAAUAUAUGGGGGGCCAUUGUAUCCGGUGCCAUGGACUUGCUUCGACACGGUGUUUGCCCAGCUCAUGUCGUGCAAAUUCUAGUCUUUAGCCAAGCUGUAGGCAACGCGAGUCGACUUGUAAGCAGAGACUUAGAUAACUCCAACCCUUAGUUUGGCUAGACCUACAAAGAUUGUGAC